GUGUUAAUGGUGAAGAAAUGUUUUAUAUUAAAUGAUUUUGAAAUGUGUACAUCCGCGUACCGGAAGUGUAUGUGUGACGUCACGACCUGGUAUAUGUGAGCGGUUUGGUGGUGUAGUGAUCAGUGAUCAUUCCGCGGAUGGACAUGAGAACCGCAUAACAUGCUGGAAAUCCAGUCAGCUGAAAUGCUCAGCUCUUUUCUGAUGUACGAGGAAACUUUUGAGGAACAUUUCAAGGAACAUUUUGAGGCGCAUUUCCGGUCCCUUCACGCAAGAGUUGAAGCGCCAGUAGUCCGGUAGGAUCCAGGAAGUGGAAGUGUUUGUUUGGGGGGAAAAUAAGUCGGAUGACGGUCCUCCUACCCAACCGGGAAACCAUGAAAAGCUGUGAAUAUCAACAAAUAGAUCCUCAUGCCCUCUCCACACCAACACCUGGACACACAGCAGCUCCUGCAUCUGCGCGUCCCUGCCAGGAGAAGCAGUCCAGCAGGCUGAGGAGGAAAUGGGAAGUGUUUCCGGGAAAAAACCGCUUUUAUUGUGAUGGUCGGAUCAUGGUGUCCCGUCAUAGUGGUGUUCUUCCUCUCACCAUGGGGCUCAUCCUCAUCACCAGCCUCCUGUUCUUCGUGUUUGACUGUCCGUUCCUGGUGGAACAUCUGACUGGCUUCAUCCCAGUGAUUGGAGGAGUGCUGUUUGUGUUCGUGGUCAUCUCUCUCCUUCAGACCAGCUUCUCAGAUCCUGGGAUUCUUCCUAGAGCGACACCUGAGGAAGCGGCCGACAUCGAGAAACAGAUCGAAAACCCAAACGGCUGCACCUCGUCCUAUCGUCCUCCUCCUCGCACCAAGGAGGUCGUUAUCAACCAGCAGGUCGUUAAGCUGAAGUACUGCUUCACCUGUAAGAUCUUCCGGCCGCCGCGGACUUCCCACUGCAGCCUAUGUGACAACUGUGUGGAGCGGUUUGAUCAUCACUGCCCCUGGGUCGGAAACUGUGUGGGAAAACGCAACUAUCGCUUCUUCUACAUGUUCAUCGUCUCGCUGUCCUUCCUCACUGCCUUCAUCUUCGGCUGUGUGACCACACACCUGGCUCUCAGGUCACAGGGAGGAAACGGCUUGGUUUCGGCUCUCCAGGCGAGUCCUGCCAGUGCUUUAGAGCUGGUGGUUUGCUUCUUUUCAGUUUGGUCAAUUUUAGGCCUCUCAGGUUUCCAUACGUACCUGGUUGCUGCUAAUCUCACCACAAACGAGGACAUUAAAGGUUCUUGGUCAGGGAAGAGUGGGAAUGAGGAAACUGGGAAUCCUUACACUCAGAACAACAUUUUGAAGAACUGCUGCUCGGUGCUGUGUGGGCCCAUGCCUCCCAGUUUAAUAGAUAGAAGAGGCUUUGUGUCAUCGGAGGACGUCGUCCACGCUGGUCCCACGGUGGUCGGGUUUCCCGCCGCAAAAACUGACAUCAACAUGGAAACUGAAGGCAGGCUGGACACCUCCACUUGUUCACCGCACCAUUCCAGCCCCUGUCCUCAAAACAAGUCCCAAGCUUUGGUCGCUCUGCCCACCAUCACUCCUGCUCAUGCUCCGGUUCCUGUUCCUGUGCAGACGAAGGUCUCGAAGGUCCGGAAGACGCCUCCCCAUCGACACCAUCGCAAGGGGACACGGACCUUCUCACAAGCAUACAUCACUGCUUCCAGCACCAGGGGCGAAGAACCUUCGUCACAUGAGAAGCCCAACCCAUUACAUUCAAAAUCUUCUUCUCAGCAUUGAUCAUCUGCUCAGAGAAAAGAAAACUGAUUAUUCUUUACAGAACAAUUGAAAUGAUCUUUAAGGGCUUCAUGCUUCAACUUCACAGUUUUGAGGGCUGAUGGAAAACCUGCAGGUCAGAUGUUUUCACAGAUCAACAGCUAUAAGAAAGACGCUGCUUUGUGAUGAAGGUAAUAAUGGAAUGCGUGGAUUUGGAUCUGUGGAUAGGAUCAUCUACUUAAAAGUUUGUUUUUCUGAUGUCAAAUAUCAGAAGGCCACAAAAACCCUGUUCAUGAGAUCAGUAACUGAGGCUACUGAGAAACAUGGACACGGCAUAAACUGGGUAACGUCUAAAACGUAACUACUUGGUCACUUACACAAACAAACUGCAGAUCUUCACAAUCAAAAGACGAAACACAACGUCAACUUUUACCUCAAAAAACAUCAGGACUGUGACAGACGUUCACAAACAUCUCUCAGAUUCAUCACAUCUCCUGUUUGAGUUCAUGACGUGUGAGUCGCAUCAGGAACGUGGAAAUUUAUUUAAACAGCAAUAAUUUAUGAUCAAUUCAUGUGUUGUAUGAACUCUGGGAUCCAUGUAUCUGCUCUUUGGAUUUGUUAUGUAUACAAGCGUGCAUGCUGAGAAAAACAUCGCUCGCACUGCAUGGUUUUUCAUGGUUUAAAAAAAGUCUGAUCACAGCUACAGUCUCCAUUAUUCUCCAUAAUGAAGUGUUCAGAGAUCUGCACAGCAGGUCAUGUGAUUCCGCUUCCUCUCGUUUCAUAUCAUUUCACUUCGAUAUGAACUGUAUGGAUAUGAGGAAAGCGUGUGGCUUAGAUAUUAUAAUCCAGGUACGCUUUAUUAAUAUGCACUUUUGUCAGGGAAAUUCUGGGAGCAGAAGGUUGAUGUUUGCCUGCUUUUAACUUUUUGCGAUAUUUGCACAAAUAAAUUCACUGGACAA